AUGCAUGGUGUGAAGAACGUCAUUGGAGUUGACGUGCCAUAUGGAUGGAAUGGAGUUUGUCUGUCCAUACCUUGGAUCGUGUUUGUUAUGUUUGAGGAUAUCAUGUGUUGUGCUCCAGGGGUCAUCAUACCUUGGGUUGUUCCAAGAUUUUGUUUUUCUCUACUUCCGAGGAUCACCAUCGUGGGUGCGAGCGUUACUAUUGGAAUCGUGGACGUGGGCAUUAUGGGAGUUACUAUUGUCAUCGUCGUGGGUGUAGGCAUUACAGGCAUUACUAUAGGCAUCGUCGUGGUUGUGGGUGUUACAAUCGGUAUCGUGGAGGUCAUGAUGGGUGUGGUGGGUGUUACACUGGAUGCUUCAGUUAUCGACGAGAAGAAUCCAAUUUCCCCGGAAGUGUUGUUGGUUACAACCAAUCGUUCUCCCAAGUUAGGAAACGAUGGGAUAUGCCUGUGA